UUGGGAGUUGUUAGCUUUUGAUACACACUCAAGAUAUGCUUGGUGAGCAGAGAAACAGAGGGUGGGAAGCAAGAACAGAGCAAGUUUAUAAUGCACACAAUCAUUCAGGCUUAGCAUCAAAGUUAAGUCUUUUUUUGUUUGUAUAAAAACGCAUCCCAUUUCUUACCAACUUCUUCAUAUCCUUUCUUUAACCAAUACUUCUUGAGAGAUAUUAAUCCCAAUGGCCUCUCUCAAUACUUCUGAGUACCCUUACUUUCCUUUACCACCUUAUCAUCCUUUCUGGCCGCCUCUCCCACCGCCAUAUAAACCAGUUAGGCCACCCCCGCCACCGCCACCGCCCCCGCCUCGACAACCAACUGCUCCUCCGCCACCACGCAAGCCAAUUGCGCCCCCUCCGCCCCCACGUAAGCCAAUUGUGCCUCCUCCUCCUCCUCCGCCCUCUCAGAAGCCGACUGCUCCUCCGCCACCGCGUAAGCCGAUCGUGCCUCCUCCUCCUCCUCCACCGUCUCGAAAGCCGACUGCUCCUCCGCCACCACGCAAGCCUAUUGCGCCCCCGACUGCGCCUCCGCCCCCACGCAAGCCAAUUGUGCCCCCUCCUGCUCCGCCACCGCCAGGCAAGCCAAUAGUACCUCCACCUCCACAUAAGCCAACUGCCCCUCCACCACCACGCAAACCAAUUGCGCCUCCGCCUCCUAAAAAGCCAGUUGCUCCUCCACCACCACGCAAACCAAUUGCGCCUCCGCCUCCUAAAAAGCCAGUUGCUCCUCCACCGCCACGCAAACCAAUUGCGCCUCCGCCUCCUAAAAAGCCAGUUGCUCCUCCACCACCACGUAAGCCAAUUACACCACCACCACCACCACCACACAAGCCAAUUGCUCCACCAACACCAUACAAGCCCAUAUCUCCCCCAUCUCCAAUGCUUCCGCCGCCGCCGCCUCCUUCUAACCACCACCCGACAGUGAUCAUCAUAGUGUGUGUGUCCAUGGGUGGGCUCUUCCUGCUUGCAUUCAUGGCAGCUGCCUUCUUCUGCUUCGUGAAAAAGAGAAAGGAGAAAACCAUUGAAGAAACAGAGAUCAUCCACAUUGACGAACACAGGAAGAUCAAAGAGGCCAUAGUUGCAGGACCCCAUGGAUCAUGCGAAACUACGGUGCUAUCAGUUGAAGAUGACAUCCACAUAACUGAAGAAAUCGUACGGAGCGAGAAGGUUGGGGAAAAAGGGUUACAUGGUAAGCAUGAAGCAGGCGAUCCAAGCUCCAUAGAAGAGCCACAGCCCGCAUCUUCCACUCAUCAAAACCAUUCCUGAGCAGAAAAGUUCAUCAUUUU